AUGGAGACCGCUCUUUUGCUCUGUGUUUUCAGCGCUCUAGUGGUUCCUCAGUGGGCCAUUCCCGGCGGAGUAGAGGAGAUAGAUGACCUGAGAAGCAAGGAAGUAUUGUCGGCGGCGCAGGCUGCCGUUGACUGCCUGAACGAGCCUGCCGUUGACUGUCCGAACAACGAUGCCUCAAACUCCGUGUACAAGACUUUACUGGUGGAUGUCAUUGACGGAACGCAGCAGGUCGUCGCUGGGAAGAAGUACGUUCUCUCUGUUCUCGUUGGAAGAUCUACUGACUGCAGGAAGGAUGAGGAUGGUGAAGCAACUGCUGACCGUUGUCAUAUCGGUGGAACUAGUACCUGGACGGCCACGGUCAUUUCCCAGCCCUGGCUCUCUCCCGAGUACAAGGUGACUGGUCUGGAGAGGACAGAGCCUGGGGAGGAGGAGGAGGAGGAGGGAGAGGACAUCGUGGGUGGUACAGUGCCCCUCCACAAUUCACGAGAUGAGUAUGUAGUGGGAGCAGCUGAAGCCGCAGUUACCGAGCUAAACAGAAAGUCUAACGCACUGUUCAAGACGGUGCUUGUUGACAUUGUGGACGUGGUUUUAGAGGACGCUGUAAUUGUGCAGGUGGUGAAUGGGAUGAUGUAUACCCUGACACUGCUGGUGGGUAGGUCUGACUGCAGGAAUGAUGGCAAGUAUUCUACUCUGGAGGAAUGUCCGGUGGAACUUGGCACAGUUGAGAGGUGGGAGGCAGUGGUGUGGCAACACUUUCCAUCUCUCCAUUAUCAAAUGGUGGCACUGAAGAAGGUCAGAGAGUAGAACACCAAGCUAGACCAAUAAUCUUGGCACGGGGCAAGUUGCCCUAGAGGCUGUGAAGAUCAUGAUCAACAACUGGAAAAUAACUCCCUAUUUUCAUAAUCAUGUUUUAUUAUCAUGUUUCAGCGCUUUCAUCAUUUUUAAUCAUGUUGUAUGUUAUAUCUACAGCAUUAGGCAUUCUUACUUUUCAUAAGGCAACUUUGCAUGAACCAUAUAUGUGGCAAGAAAGUUUCUGUUCUUAUGCACACAAAUAGUAUAAAGUUUGGGUAAGGACUGCCUUCU